AUGGGAACGAAGAAGUUUGAAACUGUUUGUCUUACGAAAAAUCCUUCGCCAUCAAAUUUUAGUAGAUUAGAUGAUCCUCAUAGGUUGUCACUAAUAACAACCUAUGCAAUUGUUCGCAACAUUCCCAAAGCAUAUCAUGCCAAACAUUUACGGUACUUCUUCGCUGACUAUAUCGAAAAUGAAAAAUUUCACUGUUUUCAUUAUCGCCAUCGACCAGAAGUUUCUAGUUAUGCAGAUCUACCAACAACGUCUAAGGAUCGUCAACGCUUUUGUUGUGUUGUUUCCUUCGAUAACAAUGAAGUUAGAGAUGCAUUUAUCAAUCAAUAUCACUUGAACUUUUGGAUGUACGAAGAGCGUCCGAUACCGCUGAAAUGCUUUAUUUUUCCUCUCAAAUUUGAUAUGUUACAUCAUUUAUUUCAUUCUCUGUCAAGUGAUUUUGUUCUGCAUUUUAUAUUAUCUGUUAAUUUUUUUAAGGCGUCAGUGGGAACGAGCAAAUCGAAUUUAGAUUUUCGUUAUUUUAUGGAACUGAAACCACCAAGUCUUAUGCCAAAUGGAAAUGUGGGAACUCCUACAAAAUUUUUCCUUGAGCAAAUUCGCCUAUGCAAGUUACCACCUAGUAUUUUCACGAAACUGGGUAUCAAGUCAAGAAGACGUAUUGGUAAGUAUGCAGCUGUUGAAAUGAAGUAUGAAAAUCAAACUAUAAAUGUUAAAGAUUCAGUAGAGAAAGAUCAGUCUUUGGUAGCAAUCGAAAAAGUACAGUCAUAUGCACCAAAAAUAGUAGUGGAUGAAAAUUUUGAAAAUGGUACUGGGAGCGGUGUAAAUGAUGAUGUUGAAUGUGAAGAGUGGGAACGUCACGAAGCUCUUCAUGACGAUGUUACGGAACAGGAACGUACUAAGCAUAGGAAGUAUGAACAGGAGCAAGAGGUUACUUGGGAAAAAGGAGGGCCUGGUCUGGUUUGGUACACAGAUGCAUUUUUUUGGAAAGAAUUAGAGGAGGGGACAGAUAGUGAUUGGAAGUGGGCUGAUGAUUGGGAUGUUGACUAUUCGAUUUAUUACGAUCAAAAAGAUGGAGAUUUAGAUGCAAAGCAGGCCCUCGAAAUAAUAAUGGAUAAAAACCUACGAUCUGGUUCCAUAGACCAAACUGUGUUCAAGAGUAAAGUUAAGAAACGACAACAUGAAGUUAUUGAAAAACCUUGUGCUAUUGGAUUCGGAGAAUUCGAGACUUAUACGCGUGGAAUUGGCAGUAAAAUUAUGAAAAAAUGCGGCUGGUCACCGGGUGUUGGUCUUGGAGUGCAGAAUUCAGGGCGUCUUGAAACUGUUUCGGUAGAAUUAGAUGAAAUGGGUAUUGCUCAAGCUGGCAUAAAAAGGAAAGGUUUAGGAUACCGAGGCGAAAAGCUACAACGAAGUGGUUUCAUUAAAGAAAAUAAGCACAUAAUUUCUACAAUGUAUGCUACUUUUUGA